AUGAUGGUUCCUACAAGGAUCUGGCUGUCAUUCGAGAAUAGGCUUGUUAGCGUUCGAAACAAAGAGCUCGAGCUCGUUGAUGACCUCGUACACGCAGCAAAAAAUGAAUUCUCGGGUGAUUUGCAAGAUAUCCCCACCUCUGAUAUCACCCUCCAUCUUAUUGAACACGCAGAGGCGCUCACUUCAGCCUCAAACCUUGCCGAAUACGCUGGACAAAUCUCCUGUUGUGCCAACCCGAAGACUCCCCUUAUAGUGAAAGUGAAAUAUCCUGCGAUAAUCUGGCUAUCAUACAAAGACAAACUUGUCAGUGUCAAAACAAAAGGACUCGUUUUUGUGGCUCAACUUGUGUCCGCAGCAAAAGAAGAAUACUCGGCUUCUUUGCGUCAUUUUGAUAACUCGGAUAUCACCCUCCAUCUUACCAAACACGCAGAGGCGCUCACUUCAUCCUCAAACCUUGCUGAAUACGCUGGACAAAUCUCCUGUUGUGCCGACCCGAAGACUCCCCUUAUAGUGAAAACAAAAUUGCACGUCGUACGCUUCUGGGAGGCUCUACCCAAGGCCAAUCUGGUUGCCAACGGGGAGGUCGAAUAUUUGGAGCUAAAAGAAUCUUAUGUUCUCGGACGGCAACAUCUCGGUUGCCGCUUCAUUGUACGCCCUGUUUACAAAGACCUCUACCAGUAUUUUGAGACCAACAAGUGCUGGGACAAAUUGGUCAUUAACGGUACACCUGGCAUCGGAAAAACCGUUUUUUCCGCUUACGUCAUGUGGAUCGCCGCGUGCAAGCAAAAAACCGUGGUGUGGGAGCCUGCCGUAGCUCCAGGGACUCCCAUUGUGACCUAUUUGAUGACAUCGAGUGGCGUUGAAGUGGUAGAUACCAACAGUCCUGCGCUUGCAGACGCUCUUGCGAAUUCGGACACAGUAUACAUCGUGGAUGGCCAUGCUCCCAAGAUACGCAACGUAUGGACACUCCUGGUCACCUCUCCACAGCGCGAUCAUUACCACUUAUUUCUCAAAGGAAGGUGUUCACGGAUGUUGUAUAUGCCACCUUGGAGUUACAAGGAAUUCCAAAAUUCCAAACGCAUUCUCUAUCCAGAUGAAAAAUUACUCCCCACAACGCUCAUGGACCAGGCCUUCCAGUGGUACGGCGGUGUGUCGAGAUACGUUUUUGAGAAGGCGUCAAUUCACUUCAAAUCCAGUGGCAACGAGGACAAGGCGUUUGUAGAAGUGACGAAGGAUUUGCUUGAAGCAAUCAAAACAUAUCAAUUAUCCGAUAUUGUACAACAGGCUAUUAACGAAAAUUAUUCGCAUCUUGUGAUACACAUUUGUAGUCACCCUAGUCAAGAUCUCUCUGAGUUUCACUUAGCAUGGGCAUCACGCGAGGUUGAGAGGGCAAUGGCUGACCAAUAUACGGUGGAACGUUCCACAAACAUUCAAAAUGCGCUCCGAGCUCCUUCCGAUGAUACCAACUUCCGUGGAAUGCUGUUUGAAAUAUACGCCCACCACGUGUUGCAAGAAGGUGGAAGCUUUGAAGUCCGUCGACUUACCAAAGGAGAUCCACCAAGCGGCCUGGACAAUAGGAUCACGUUUCCUGCAGCCAAACGUCGAACCUUUCAAACUUACGACGAAGUUGACCUAGGCCAGAACGUGUUCUGGGAGCCAGAAAGUAAACAUAACCCAUCAAUUGAUUUGUUGCGUGGACCAGCAAAUUUUUUUCAAGUGACAGUUUCUGAAACACAUCCGAUCAAAUAUCACGGCCUACGCAAGGCCCUCAAGCGGGUGAAGUCCAAAUCUCACCCAAGACUCUACUUUGUGGUUCCGUCCAAUAUUUAUCCGACCUACAAAUAUCAGCAUUAUCAUACCCAAGACGGCAAAAUAUACCAUGGAAAACUUGGCGACAUAGGCAAUGUCGAGCAGUGGGCGUUGAUGAUUCCAAUAGGUGGCGAGAAGCCGGUGAGAGGAGAAGACGAGGAACCCCCCCCAAAAAAGAAGGCUGUCUGA